AUGGCAUCUGGUAUUUUCCUCCUGCUGCUCUUGGGGGCUCUGGCUCUUUCGCAGACAUGGGCGGGCACCCACUCCCUGAGGUAUUUCCGCACCGCCGUGUCCCGGCCCGGCCUCGAGGAGCCCCACUUAUUCAUCGUCGGCUACGUGGACGACACGCAGAUAGUACGAUUUGACAGCGACGCCAAGAAUCCAAAGAUGGAGCCGCGGGCGCCGUGGAUGAAGCUGGAGGGGCCGCAGUAUUGGGACCAGGAGACACGGUACGCCAAGAGUCGCGUACAGAGUCACCGUGUGUGCCUCCGCAACCUGCGCGGCUACUACAACCAGAGCGAGGCUGGACCAGACGGGCGCCUCCUCCGCGGCUACAGUCAGUACGCCUAUGAUGGCGUGGAUUACCUCGCUCUGAACGAGGAUCUGCGCUCAUGGACCGCAGCGGACAGUGCCGCUCAGAUCACCCAACGCAAGAUGGAAGAGGACCAUGUGGCAGAGAGCCAGAGGGCCUACCUGGAGGGCACCUGCCUGGAUUCGCUUCGCAGGUUCUUGGAGAAUGGGAGGGAGACGCUGCUGCGCACAGUGCCUCCAAAGACACAUGUGACCAGAUCCCACAUUUCUGAACAUGAGGUCAUAUUGAAGUGCUGGGCCCUGGGCUUCUAUCCAGCGGAGAUCACCAUAAUCUGGCAGCGGAAUGGGGAGGACCAGACCCAGGACAUGGACUUCGUGGAGACCAGGCCAGCAGGAGAUGGGAGCUACCAAAAGUGGGCAGCUGUGGUGGUGCCUUCUGGAGAGGAGCAGAGAUAUACAUGUCGCAUGCAGCAUGAAGGACUGCCCGAGCCCCUCACCCUGAGAUGGGAACUGCCCACCACCUCCAAUAUGGGAAUCAUUGGCCUGGUUCUUCUUGGAGCUGUGGUCCUUGUAGCUGUGGUGUCUGGAGCUGUGAGGUGGAGAAGGAAGAUCACAGAUAGAGGUGGGGAUGUGAAUGAUGCCAAGGGUUCUGAUUUGUCUCUCAUUCCUUCUAAAGGCAAAGAUGAAAACCAGGAGAUGUCUGACUACUCAGAUGACUAUAGGGAGGUGGCACAGGACCUCUUUAAACUUCAUCAGCAAGCAGGAGCCCAGGGGGAGAGCUGCCUGGCAGAUGCGGAGAUCUGA